CCGUCAGCAUGCUGACGGGCGCAUGCGCAAUGCCACCUUACGUGGCAUCAGCAGUCUUCACUCUUGCACUGAAAGAUAUUUUCUUCAUCCUUAGUGUAAACAUUUGUGGAAAUAUCGUGUUUUGUUAUGAUUUAGAAAGAUUUAACAAGUUCACCAUAAAAAAUGAAUCCUCAAUAUAUUCAACAAGGUCAACAACCGCCUCAACAAUCUCAACCACAGCAACAACAGACACCAUAUUAUACAGGUGCACAAGGUGUGCUUCCCUAUGGGCCACCAAAUGCAAACAUGCCAUCAAAUCAAUUUAAUGGUCCCCAAGCUCCGUCGAUGUAUCCACCUCAAAAGCAGCAUCCACUUCCUGGUGAUAUGCCUUCACCUCCACAGUCUCAAUAUUAUGCUAAUAAUUCUCAAGGUCCACCGAUGAAUCUUCAGUCUGGACCUGGAAUAUCCAAUACAACACAUGUAGCACCGUCACCAACAAAUCAAAAUAAUCUUGUAAAUCAAAUGGCUAAUAUGUCCAUGGGUGGUCUUCAAAGACCUCCAUCUGGUCAAGGUUUUCCACCACCCGCUGGAAAAGCUAACCAAUUGCCAUCUCCACCGUCAAAUAUUAAUGGUUUCAACGGUAAUCCAGAUAACAUGCCACAUGGAACAGAUUCUGCAGGUCAAACGCAAGCCAGCGGACUUCCUCCAGCAAAACCAGGAGCAACAAAUUUUGGAAAGCUCUCUCAUCCUGCUGCACCUGGUGCACCCAUCCAAACAGACCAUUCAGUAUCACAACUCUCUACUGUUCCAUUUACUGGAGGUGGUCCACCAUCACAGGUUUCUGGACCACCCGGACAAAAAUUUCCUGGGCAGCCUCCGCUUCCUGCACCAGUAUCUCAACCUGGACAACAUUUACCAGGGACAACUAGAUUAUCUGGGCCUCCGUUGCCUGGGCAGCAUAAUGUAUCCGGGUCUUUAUUAACGGGACAGCGAAACUUAUCUGGACCCCCACUGCCAGGACAGCAGAAUUUGUCCAAUUCAUCAUUACCAGGUCAACAAAACUUAUCGGGGCAGCCAUUAGCAGGACAACAAAGUUUAUCCGGUCCGCCACUUCCUGGACAACAAAACUUAUCCGGACCACCUGUUCCCGGACAGCAAAAAUUAUCUGGACCAAUAUUACCUGGACAGCAAAACGUAUUCGGACAGCCAUUACCAGGACAGCAAAACAUAUCCGGACCAUCAUUACCUGGACAGCAAAACGUAUUCGGACAGCCAUUACCCGGACAGCAAAACUUAUCCGGGCCACCAUUGCCUGGACAACAACAUUCAUCUGGGUCUCAAAUUCAGCCCCAUUUAGCUGGACCUCCUCAUGGCCCUGGACAAGCACAUAUGACCUCUCCUUCAGGACCAGGUCAACCGCCUAUGUCUGGUGGACAGAUGAGCGGCCAACGACAAUAUAUGUCAGGACCUCCGGUACCGGGUCAACCGCCUAUGGGUAUAAGUCGUCAAUCACCAGGAAAUUUACCACCUUAUCAACAAGCAGGAUACCAGCAACAAGGAUUUCAUGGACAAACGGAUAUGUAUGGUGCACAGAGGAACUUCCAAGGUGGCAUCACAGGUCCAGCUGGUGCUGGAUAUCAACCAGAAAUGCAACCUCAGCAAGUAAGACGACUCGAUCCUGAUCAGAUGCCAAGUCCAAUACAAGUGAUGCAAGAUGAUCAGCGUGUACGAGGCGGCGUAUUUGUCACAAAUCAAAAGGGGUUGGUCCCACCAUUAGUUACAACACAGUUUACAACACAGGAUCAAGGAAAUGCUUCACCAAGGUUUAUCAGGUCAACGAUGUAUACCGUUCCUACUACUACCGACAUCAUGAAACAGACCAAUGUGCCAUUUGGACUUGUAAUAAGUCCUAUGGCUCGUGUAGAGGAGGGAGAAUUUGAACCACCUGUUGUCGACAUGGGUGAAUUGGGUCCAGUUCGUUGUAUACGAUGCAAGGCAUACAUGUGUCCCUUUAUGCAGUUUAUUGAUUCAGGUCGUCGGUUUCAGUGCAUGUUCUGUAAAGCCACAACAGAAGUUCCAGCGGAAUAUUUCCAGCAUUUAGAUCAUACGGGACAACGCAUGGAUCGUUUCGAAAGGCCGGAGUUGAUGCUUGGAACGUUCGAAUAUAUUGCUACCAAGGAUUAUUGCACGAACAAUGUUUUUCCGAAGCCACCAGCUUUCGUGUUCGUGAUUGACGUUUCAUACAACACUGUUAAAUCCGGUCUGAUCAAUUUACUGUGUUCGGAAAUGAAAAAUAUUAUUCGCAAUCUCCCUGUCGAUGCUGGUCAAACUAAAAGUAACAUGAAAGUCGGUUUCAUCACGUACAACAACACCGUUCAUUUCUACAAUGUCAAAGCAUGUCUGGCGCAGCCCCAAAUGAUGGUUGUUGGGGACGUGCAGGAAGUCUUUAUGCCACUUCUUGACGGAUUUCUAUGCGACGUGGAAGAAAGUGAAGCUGUAAUUGAUAGUUUAAUGGCGCAGAUUCCUGUUAUGUUUGCGGAUACUCGUGAAACUGAGAUCUUACUGGCUCCUGCUAUCCAAGCAGGUCUAGAAGCCCUGAAGGCCUCGGAUUGUGCCGGAAAGCUUAUGGUGUUUCAUUCAUCGCUGCCAAUAGCUGAAGCUCCUGGAAAACUGAAAAAUCGAGACGACAGAAAAGUUCUUGGUACUGAGAAAGAAAAAACUGUAUUAGCUCCGCAGAAUAACGUAUAUAACAAUUUGGGACAAGAGUGCGUUAGUGCUGGUUGCAGUGUAGAUUUAUUUAUUUUUAAUAAUUCAUACGUCGACAUUGCAACGAUAGGACAAGUUGCCCGGCUCACUGGUGGCGAAGUAUUCAAAUACACUUAUUUCCAGGCUGAUAUCGACGGCGAGAGAUUGAUUACCGAUAUUAUAGAUAAUAUUAGCAAACCAAUCGCUUUCAAUGCGGUCAUGCGCGUUCGCACGUCUACCGGAGUCAGGGCAACAGAUUUCUAUGGACAUUUCUUCAUGUCAAAUACAACAGACAUGGAAUUAGCUAGCAUAGAUUGUAACAAGGCUGUCGCAAUCGAGAUAAAACACGAUGAUAAGCUGACGGACGAAGAAGGCGUCUACGUGCAAGUAGCUCUGCUUUAUACAUCUUGCGGAGGCGUAAGACGAUUACGUAUAAUAAAUCUCAGCCUGUCGACUUCGUCCCAAAUGUCUGAGCUAUAUCGUGCUUGCGACUUAGACGCCAUUGUCAACUUCUUUUCCAAGCAGAGUGUAUUCAAAUUGAUUGAGUCGACGCCAAAGACGGUGAAAGACAAUUUGAUCGCAAGAUGCGCCUCCAUGCUAGCAGCUUACCGGAAGCACUGUGCGGCGCCGUCGAGCGCAGGGCAACUCAUACUUCCGGAAUGCAUGAAACUCUUGCCUCUUUAUGUCAAUUGUAUACUGAAGAGCGACGCCAUUUCUGGCGGAGCUGAUAUGACUAUCGAUGAUCGAUCCUACGUAAUGCAGGCAGUCGCCACUAUGCCGAUUCAUACUUCAGUCGCCUACUUUUAUCCGAGGUUGAUCCCGCUUCACGAUAUCGAUCCGCAGGGCACCGAUCUUCCUCAGAUGUUGCGUUGUUCCAUUGACAAAUUCGCCGAAGAUGGCGCAUACUUACUUGAAAACGGCAUCCAUAUGUUCCUGUGGCUGGGUCUUGGAUUAUCCUCACAAUGGGUACAAGGAGUUUUCGGGGUACCAUCGGUGGUCCAGGUGGACGUUGAUCGUACUCAGCUUCCUCAGUUAGAUAACCCGCUCAGCAAACGCAUUUCCGAUAUCGUCAGCCACAUCCGGGCACAGCGACAUCGCUGCAUGAGAUUGACCAUUGUCAGACAGCGAGAGAAGCUUGAGAUGGUACUGCGUCACUUCCUGGCGGAGGACAGGAGUAACGACGGCAGUCCGAGCUACGUGGAUUUCCUCUGCCAUAUGCACAAAGAAAUUAGAGGGCUCCUUAGUUAAUAAAUUGACACCUCACUGAUCUCCCUUUCUCUUUGGCACGAGGGGUAACGUUAUGCAAUUAGUAAAGUGCAAGGAGCACCCGAAUUACUGGAAUACCCAUUGCCAUUGCUGACGCGAUGGAGAUCAAACGCGGGAAAGCUGGAAUUAUGUAUUUCGCGAGAAGCACACCAUUAAACGCGCACGAGUCGUUUGGCUGGACGAAAGUGAAAAGGAAGCGAAAUAAAACGGAUGAAAUGCAUAUAAUUAAGAAAGUGGGGAUGAACUUUUUGGAUGUUACGCGGAAGAUACAUGCGAAAAGAUAAAUGCAGACAGGCGUCUCAUGGAUUCACUCACAUAACUUACACAUUUACAUACACACUGAGUGAUUUAUAUACGAAUAAUUGUAAACGUGAAAUUGUAUUAUUAUUACAUUUUAUUUUACUUAGUGCAUUAUAAUACAUUAUUAUGGUAAAUUAAACAGUGAAAUUUAUUACGACAUUCUGAAUUUCUAUAACGGUGAGGCUGAUGCGGCGAAGAGUGAGGCAUCAUUUAGCAAACGUAUUGUUAAAUCGAAUAUGCAUUUUCGAGGUUUAUUUACUUUGGAUGGGGAAGUAUAGUUAAUUUUUCUUUUUUCUUUGUCUUCGACGGAUUUCGAUGCUCGGUAUGGAUAUGCUGAUCGAGUGUCGCAGAGUAUGCAUAAACAUUACUGUUAUAUAAAAUUACUAAUGUUCGAUGAAUGGAAAGUGGAGAACUUGAUUCGUUGAUAGAAAUAAGAAAAUAUUAAUAAAUAUUGUAAUUACGCAAAUUAUAUAUAUUUCGUGAA